AUUAGAAUUUAUAGUUAUACUGUUAACCGUGGGUAGGUGUAUUCAAAACUACCCUGUUUAAAUAGAUUCGCUGACGUGAAACCUAAGUGGAUAUACUGAACUAGUGUACAUGGUUGUUAAGGCAUUAAACACUUCCGUUUUUAUUUCAACUAUAGCAUUUAUCAUGGACCGUGUAUAUAUGUUGUUGGUUGUAUUUUCUUGCCUCGUGUCAGGCGUGACUGGAGGGCAAAUUUGUGACGAUACCUACUCCUAUUGCAGCUUCGGGUGUUGUAGCGACUACACCUAUGGCUUUAAGCGAGAAAUUUGCUGCGAACAUGACGUUUUUGAGAGCUACAACAACAUUCCUGUGAUUGUUGGAGCAACAAUUGGUGGUGUCAUACUGCUUGUGGUAAUUGUAUCUGUAAUCGUCUGCGUUGUCUGCUGUAUGAAAAAGAAUCGGGCUCAAAACGGUCACGUGAUGGCUGGACAACCCGCGGUUUAUGCCGGAGCUUAUCCUAUGCAAACUAUGAACAUGCAACCAGGAGUAAACCAGUGGCAACAGCAGUCAUCAACCAACAUGCAACAUGGGUUUAACCAGUGGCAACAAAUACCUUCGUCUAACAUGCAACAAGGAGGCAACCAGUGGCAGCCACCACAACCACCACCCUAUGAACCAACGGCUUCACACAACAACAAAUGGCAACAGCCACCUGCUUUUCAACACUAGAACUGUUCUUGGUGAUGAUUGCAUUGAUAAAAGAAGAAUGCUUGGUGUGACGGUACACAAAAGUCGAUGACAUGAACCUUGUUAUCUUUGCCAUUUAGAAAAUGUUUACAUUUAAAAAUAAGAAUGGUAAGUUCAUAAGCAGUUUAUCUUUGCUUUCGCUAAAGUAAAAAUUGCAUCCAGAUGUCAUACUUAUCAGUGUUAUGGUCUUUUUACUUUCGACCAAUGUGUGUCCUUAGAAAUAGAUAGUAAACCUACAGUUUAUAUGUUAAGAUUAACAUAAAUAAUGAAUUGAACUAUGAAGACGCAAAAUAAUAUUUUAUGGGAAUCGCAUGUUUAUUCGUCUCUUUUAAAUCAUAAUGUUAAGAGUUAUCGAUGUUGGGUUUGAGAAUUGUUUUGUUCGUUAUAAAUAAAAUGAUAGUUUAAACCAAUACUUGUUUAACGAAUGGGACUUAAUGAAGCCAAUACUAUAGAAAAGUAAUGUGAAGUGUUUCAGUUUGAAUUUUGAUAAUGUGUGCCAAAACAAGAUCUUACAUGUCAAUGAGAAACUCGUGUGUUAAUUUUAUUGUUAAUAAAUAUUUUCUUAUCGA